AUGUUGACUGGAAAUAAGGAGUUGGAACUGGUCAUUGUGUCGUGUGAUACUGAUUUAGCUCAAACAAGCUUGGAAACAAGCCUUCAAUGGUUAUCAGUAGAAACAUUGAGAUUUAUUUGCCAAGGUAUAGGCUUAUCAGAACUGGGACAGAAGCAAGAAAUCACCUUCAGGUUGGUGAAGAAAUGUAGGACCCAGAUCGGUUUGAAAGAUCCUGCAAACAAGUCUGUGGACAAUGCAGCAGAAGCUUAUAGUAAACUAGCUGCUUUGGGGCAGAGCUUUAUGCCUAGUUAUGAGGCAUUGGUGGAUAAGGCCUUAGUGUCAGGAAAUAUGGAAUAUGUGUGUUUAGCAAGGCAGGUGAUUUUGGAAAGGGCCUAUGUUGUUAGGGUAGCUGACAAGGAUGGCUGA